AGACUUUCCCGCGACCGGUUAUUCGCUCUUGCAGUUCUCGGCCAGUACCCGCUACCAUCGCGUUAGACUCGUCAGUCGGUUACGCGGUGGUUCCCUCGCACGAGGAUUGUUAAGCCGAUUUCUCCGGAUUAUUCAGAGACGAUCAUGUCCACUUAAUUUUCAACCACUUCCCCGUGAAAUUUGGAGGCAAUCGAUAGGUUGAUAUUGUCACCGGAGCUUUUAUUGUGCGGAAGUUGCCGAGGACGUCGUCGACAUCGAUAGAUUCACCCGGAAACUCUCGCGAUAGAGAUUUUAUCGUUCAGUCCAUUCCAUGUUCUUAUUCGAAUUCAUCAGUAUCGUAAAUAUUGUUUGAUCAGAGAGAGCCCGAGGUUGCGAUUGAUUUCUCUCAUCGAUUAAUCGACUUUUCGACACUUCGUCGCGCGAUCUCCACCGAUUUUCGAUCGAUUGGGUGCAGUAUUGACCCAGGAGCGAUGGAUGGGAAGAAGAAUAUCGUGUCCGCGGGCUUCCGCGAGAGGCUCCUGGAAAAAUCGAAGAAGAUCCAGCCGCUGACAAUCGGUGCGGCGAGUUUUCACAUGGACGCGGCGGAUUUGACACCGGAAUUGACAGCGAAAGCGAGGGACGAGUUGAGGGAAACCCCGGAGGUUGUUGAACAGGCACUUGCGGAGAUGAGGGAGUUGCUCAAAGGCGAGCCUGACCUCAAUGUACCUGAUGACGAUUAUUUCUUCUGCAAGUUCUUGAGACCUGUCAAGUGGCACGUUAAACCGGCCUUUGAACUUAUGAAACGCUUCUAUCGUUACAAAGUCACUCAUCCCCGCAUCUGCAACAACUUGGUCCCAAGUAGCGAUCGUGCUAUAUUCGAAUCUGGUGUAGUGACUCCAUUGCCAGUGCGUGCAGAAGGCUGCAGGGUUAUCCUAAUCGAGAGUGGAAAACGAUGGAAGCCGAAGGAAAUAAGCCUCGAGCAAAUAUUUCGAGGUGUCAUGAUGUUCGUGGCUGCUGCACUCAACGAGCCAAUAACACAGGUCUGUGGAGUGCAGGUAAUUCUUGACAUGGAUGGAUUGUCCCUGAGUCACGUGACGUACUUCACCCCUAGCUUUGCAAGUGCAGUUCUUGAGUGGGUCCAGAAAUGUUUGCCCGUUCGUCUCAAGGGGGUUCAUAUCAUAAAUCAGCCCUAUAUUUUUAAUAUGGUCUUUGCCAUAUUCAAACCCUUUUUGCACGAAAAAUUACGUAAGAGGGUGCAUUUCCAUGGUACCAACAGAACCACUCUAUUAUCGCACAUAGAAUCGAAGGCAUUGCCUUGCAGAUACGGUGGAGAUCUUGAUAUACCAGCUGAUCCUGUCGGUGAACCCCUGUACAAAUAUCUCGCCCUGUGGGAGGACGAGUUCACAUACGAGGAUCGCAUUGGCUACAUCACCAAGAAAUAGGACAAUUGAUGACAGUCGAGAGAAUGCGGGCAAAGUGGCUACGCUCAAUUCACAGUUACCAGGAAAUCGUAACUCUCGUUUUUCAAAUUUCUAUUUAAGUUCUUAUUUUUAUACUGUGGAAGAAAUCAAUCUAGCUGGAGUCUGAAUCAGGCCAAGGACGGUGAUUUAUAGCCAUUGAAAGCUCCAUUUUCGUUACUUCUCACUUUAUAUUCACUGUAAAUUAUGUAUUAAAACCGAAUGAACGGGAGCAACCAGAUUUACAGGGAAAUUUUCGAAGCACAUUUAACAAACUUCGCCAGAAAAACUGGUUAAAACGAAUUUGAGAACGAAAUUUCUGGUUAAUUAAUUUUUCUUUCAAUGCAUAUAAUUAUUUCUUUAUAGUCUUAUUAUUGAUCCCAUUGCUUUAUUAUUUUUGUUGUUGAGAUUUGAUUCAAACCAUCUUGAUACUUAAUUCUAAUACCUUUCAAAUUAUUUUUCCUAUUUUUUAAGAAUUCUGUCAAAUUUUGGGAUUCAAUUGUUAAAGUUUCGUUUUUUCAAAUUUAUUUAUUGUCACACAGUUCCUCUAACGAAGUUUUUUUUUGACCAAGUUCCUCCACCAAAAUUUUUUAUUGUUUUCUAUUUGAGAUUCUAUUAUUAAAAAUAAAAAUAGGUGUUAGUGAUUGGAUGCAGGGAAUGAUUGUAUUCAGUUAAUGUGAGAAAAUUAAAUUUAUUUUUAAAUAAUGGUA